AUGACGGGUCCAGUCGGGGCGACGACGAUGAUGGAACAGACGGUGGAGGUUGCGCCGUUAACCAUGUCACAAGAGGAACCGACGAGCGCAGAGGAGAUAAUGGCAGUCAGUGGGGAGGCCUUGCGCGAUGUCGAGCCGAGGGAAGAGGCGCCACAGGGCUGCCGAUUUGCAUUGCCGGAGACGAGGGUGAGCGCGACAGUGCUGGGUCACCACCCAUCCGACUGGUGGCUGGCCCGUAGCCGGAGAAAGAGGCGCGGAAGGAGUUGUCGGACAAGCAGGCGACGACGGAUGAAGAAGCGGAGUUUUCUGCGAAGGAAGGUAGCGGCGUCGAUCUCCUCUCUAGACCCAGGUCGCCGCCGAGGAAGAAGCUGA